AUGAACAACAGGUGCAUCCUUCAACUGGCUCUCCUGUUGUGCUUCUCCACCACAGCUCUUUCCCUAAGUUACAACCUGCUUCGACUCCAACAGUUCAACAGCAGUGUGGAAUGUCAGAAGCUCCUAGAGCAGUUGAAUGGAAGGCCUGCAGACUGCCUCAGUGACAGGAUGGACUUCAAGAUCCCCAAGGAGAUCAAACAUCCACAGCAGUUCCAGAAGGAGCACGCUGCCUUUGUCAUCUAUGAGAUGCUCAAGGACAUCUUUCAUGUUUUCAAAAAAGGCUACUCUAAUCCUGACUGGAAUAACACCAUUGUCACAGACCUCCUUCGUGAAUUCCAUCAGCAGACGGACCUCCUGAACACAUGGUGGUAG